GUAGUGUGCGCGCAUCGCUGUGCAAAACACGAAAACGUCAAAAAAACAAUGUGUUCGUGUAAAGUGUUAAUGAAACUAUAAUUAACUAUUAAAUAAUUUAUAAUUAAUAAAUUAAAAAAAAAUACAAAAAUGGCGCAGCUUUUAAGAUUAAUUCUUGUAGUUGCAUUAGUAACGCUUAUGAAAGCUGAAGAUGAUUUGAGAGACUUUGAAUUCAGUGAUCCAGAUGAAGUGAUGAUUGCUCAAGAGUCGAGGCAGUACCAGACUGUAGUGAAACCGCCUGUUAGGAUAGUGAAGCCAACUGGAGUGACAAACUCACACAGACCUCAAUACAACCUGGAUUCUUUUGAAGACAGGUCUGCAGAUGUCUUGGAAGAAUAUGAAACAUCCCCUAGAAGAACUUUAGUGAAGAAUUAUAAGUCUUCUCAUAAGAUAAGGGCUAAGGAUGGGAUGAUAAAGGAUGCGGUGAUUAAAGCCUUGGAGAGGAAGGACCAUGUGGGCAAGUUUGCUCAGAUCCUGCCCAUCAUCAGGGCGAUGUCUGGGAACCAGAGAGUGGCGUUAGCUUCGCUGGUGACAAGUCAAGUCAGUACGCCGCCUGGGAGAGCUCCACUGAAUCUUGCACAGGUGAGAUCAAUGUUCAGUAACAGUGACAACACAACAGACCUUAUGCUCCCAAUUCUGUUAGACAUGGCCAAUUUAAUACGAAGAGCUGUCAGAUCAGGGAAGGAACCGAGGGAAGUCAGACUGCCUUAUGAACCAGCCAAACCACAGUUACUCAGACGAUCAUUCACUGAAGCUGAAUUAGAUGAUGAACCAUUUGACAUGGGAACCGAACCCCAACCUAUAAGGAAUCGUAGGAUAUUCCCGAGGAAUCACACUAACAAAUACACUCCAGUAUAUGGAGACUUAAAUAGGAGAGUAAAGACCACAAUACAAAAAGAUAGUAACGUCACGAAUAAAAAUGAUGAUCGGAAUAUAACGACAUCAUCCACGACGACCCCAGAGCCUACAACUUCAAUAGCAGUGACAAGGACCACAUCAACAAGCGUGUCAAGGUCAGACAAUGUGACCUUGGACCUGACGGCAGAGUCCACCAACCAGACGCUAGCCCAAGACUUGCCGGUAGCUGAGAAGCUGAGAGCCUUGAAUAGAUACACCGAUAGAAAAGGAUCCGCUUUCCGCCGUGGUACUUACCAACCGAAGCCCCCAUCUUUGAUACGGCGUACAACUCCUGAGCCAGCCUCACCAACUCCACAGUCUUUACCUAAGAGAAGACCAAUUCCUGCAAGAAAGUUACCUACGUCUGCUGCAGAUCCAAAUAAAUGUGAACUGUUUACCAACACCUUGUGUCUGCAUUCUGAAGAUUAUCCAACUGAAGCGAUCGUGCAAUCAAUAAGACGCAACAAGGCAGCUGCAGCAGCUCUGCUCGCUGACUACAAGGACCCUGGUGAAGGAGUCAUUGAUGGAGUCACAGCUGCACAAGAAGCCAAAUAUAAUGAACAGCAUUAUCUUGUUUCUAACAGACGAGGAGACACAGCCAAUCGCGACUUUGCCGGAGCCGGAGAGGCAGGGUUCAUGUGCCCCAGCACCGUGAAGUAUGCUCGGCCUCAGCGAGCUAGAGCCACCUCGGGGCAGUGGAAGUACAUCGUGAACACAGGGGAACAUACCCAGACGUUGAGGCUGGAGAAGUGUUUGAAACCCAAAGAAUCAUGCACGUAUUUGACGGACAACUUCAAGUCGAAAUGCGUCCAAGUUUAUAAUUAUCAUCGGCUGCUAACUUGGGAUCAACAAAAUGGGCUUCACAUGGAUAUAUUCAAGGUUCCAACAUGCUGUUCCUGUCACAUUGAAGGCUACAGCGUGUCAUUCCCGCCACUCGGCCACAGACUCCAUGAAACCUCCUCAGAACACUUCCCUGGAGAAGAUUUGUCUUCAGAGACUGGAAACCAUGCGUUUGAAAACGUCCAGUCAACUAUACAAAAACCAAAAAUAAAAGCGCCUCCUUUCACUCACAAGAAACCUCUCGAAUCCUUCCCUCCAUUUACGGAUAAUCACAAUUUAAUAUCUGGUAGUCCUUUCAGCAAACAAAAUGACAACGAAGACUCGGUGCCUCCAAAUCCCAUUGACUCGUAUGGAAAUUCAUAUUUCCCGGACUCUUUUAACCAGGCUAGCUCUGUUAGGCAUGUGAAACGACCACCUUCUGCUAGAAACCCAACUUCAACCAACUUUGAUGAAGUCACUUUACCCAGUUACCUGGAACCACCAACACCAUCGGCCGGGUCAUCAUUCAACUUUAUCAAAGACUCAUCACCUAAAUUCAAAUUGCCUGGCAGCCAGUUCAAAAGAAAUACGCCGGGUAGGACCAGCUUACCAACACGCAGACCUAUUAGAAAGAAGAUAUCUGGAGGACCGGACGACCUAGUGUCAUCAGGGUCCCAAACUGUCGAAUCAUUCCCAAACAGCAGUGUAGAUACGGUAGAAGAAAUCAACGAUUAUGAGGAACCAGAUAUUGGACAAGCAACAUCAGUAAACACUCAAAAGCCAAGAGUUACCAUUACUCCAAAGCUUACGGCACACACAACAGAAAAGAGUACAAAGGUCCACAAAGCAAGAGAACCUAUUAACAAUAAUGAACAACAAUUUACAGCAAAUGGUAAACGAAUAAACUACAACUAUCAUCCAAUAAUAGACUUCUUUGAUGAAGACAAAGAAAUUGAAACCGAUGAGUCUAUAGAUAGAGAGGACAUUGAACCUAGCUUUAUACCAAGUGCAGAAUCUGAAUGGAAGCCAAUCAAUCACCCUCCUUCUCGAGAUAGCCAAAUAAACAUGAGCGGUAGAAGAAAAACAUAAAUAAAAUGAUGUAACAUUAUAAAUAUUAAUUACGGUGAUCUUAUCAGUAUGAUGAAUAGUUGAAUGAAGUGUAAAUGAUGCAAUUAUUCAUGUUCUAAUUAAUGAGUUAUGUAGAGUAUCAUUUGAAUUAAUUAAGUUAGAACGAGCAAUUGAGACGAUUUUUCUGCUGAUGUUAUUUUUGGUACUGCAAGUUUGUCUGAUCAAUGCGAAGUUUUUAAAAGAGAGAUUAUCAUAUUGAUAACAAUCAUGAACUUUCUAGAAUGGAAUAGUUUUGUUUUAUCUUGAUCUUUGAAUUCACCGUGUGCCUACUAUCUUAUAUCUUUAUGUAUAUCUUUGAAGGUAUCGCUUACAAUACCAUGCUCCCUAAGGCGAGUAUUAAGAUUGCAUCAGCCAUUCAACACGUUAUCGGUCUCGACUGCUUGUCUUAUUCCCCAGAGUAGCAUAAGUUCCGCAAUAUUGUAAACUUUCAUUAUCGAACGAAACCAAAACAAAGUUACAAUGUAAAUUGUUAAUAUUUAUUGUUAAAUUAUUAUUUUGUAAUUUAUUUAAAUUAUGCUAAGAUUAUUUACAGGUCAAGUUUUUUAU